AGUGGUGCACAGAGCAGAUCCUGUAGUCUCAUCAGUGACUUUGGUCCUCAUGCAGGACUUCAGGACUAAAGGACCAUUCCUGACUGAACUGGAAAACCAGUCUGAUGCUUUGUAGGAGUCCCUGAAGAUCUGAUCCAGCAGAGACAAGAUGAGAGGAUUUAGGACUUGUUGCAUCUUUCUGCUGCUCCUGGUUUCUUCUUCUUGUUGCAACAAGAUGAAUGUGCCUCGCCUCAGACUCUCCUACAAAGACUUGCUGUCCACCAACAGGUCGUCCAUCUUCAACGGCCAUCACGGACAACUCUCGCUGUCCGCCGUCUAUCUGGACGAGUACCGUGACCGUCUCUUCCUGGGGGGCAAAGACGUCAUGUACUCUCUCCUGCUAGGACCUGCACGCAGCGAGUCUAAAGAGAUCUAUUGGCCCCCGUUGCCUGGCAACAGAGAGGACUGCAUUCAAAGGGGGAAAGAACCACAGACGGAAUGCGCCAACUUUGUGCGUCUCCUGCAACCGUACAACCGCACUCACCUCCUGGCCUGCGGCACUGGAGCCUUCCACCCCAUGUGUAGCUUCAUCUACGUGGGACACAGAGGAGAGCAUGUCUUCACCAUGGACCCAAAGAAUGUGGAGAACGGACGGGGGAAGAUCCCUCACGACCCCAGCCUCCCGUUUGCCAGCACCUUCAGCGGUGGGGAGUUAUUUACGGGACUGACGGCGGACUUCUUGGGACGAGAUUCUGUGAUCUUCAGAAGCUUGGGCGGUCGCUCCACCAUGAGGACGGAGACAGACCAUAAAAUCCUCCACGAUCCCAAGUUCGUGGCGUCUCACCUCAUCCCGGACAACGACGACAGAGACGAUGACAAAGUCUACUUUUUCUUUACGGAGAAGGCCACGGAGGCGGGCGACAGGGAGGAGGCCAUUCAUACACGUGUCGGACGAGUGUGUGCGAAUGACGUGGGAGGACAGAGAGUUCUGGUCAACAAGUGGAGCACCUUCAUCAAAGCCAGACUGGUUUGUUCUGUGCCAGGACCGCACGGCAUCGACACACACUUCAACCAACUUGAGGAUGUUUUCUUGCUCAGGACCAAGGACGAGAGAAACCCGGAUAUUUAUGCCAUCUUUAGCACUAUCAGUAAUGUGUUCCAGGGUUUUGCCGUGUGCGUUUAUCGCAUGGCCGACAUCAGAGAGGCCUUUAACGGGCCGUUUGCCCAUAAAGAGGGCCCGGACUACCAGUGGGGGGCCUAUGAGGGCCGUGUCCCUUACCCAAGACCAGGAGUGUGUCCGAGUAAAAUCACCAACCAGCCCGGCAGAGAGUUCGCCAGCACCAAAGACUUCCCCGACUCCGUGCUCCAGUUUGCCCGCGGCCACCCGCUCAUGUGGCGCCCAGUGCAGCCCGCCCUGCGCCAGCCAGUCCUGGUCAAGGCCAACAUUCCUUACAGGCUCAAGCAGAUCGUGGUGGACCGCGUGGAGGCCGAGGACGGCCAGUAUGACGUCAUGUUCAUCAGCACGGACGUCGGUAGCGUGUUGAAAAUCAUCGCACUGCAUGCUGGGAACAGCCUGGAAACAGAAGAGGUGACCCUGGAGGAGCUCCAAGUCUUCAAAGUGCCCACGCCGAUCACAUCGCUGGACAUAUCCGUGAAAAGACAAGCCCUGUACUUGGGCUCCGGGGCGGGCGUGGCCCAGGUGAAGCUGCAUCGCUGCCAGACCUACGGGAAGGCGUGUGCCGAGUGCUGCCUGGCCAGAGACCCUUACUGCGCCUGGGACGGCGCCUCCUGCGCUCCAUACGUGCCGGGCAGCAAGCGCCGCUACCGCCGACAGGACAUCAGGCACGGGAACCCGGCGCUGCAAUGUCUGGACCAGAACUUUGGUGUCCAGUCCCACAAACAUCUCCUGCCUGACACCAUGACCAUGUUGUGUCCCUCACCAGAGGACGUGGAGGAGACGGAGGAUGGUGUGGUCUACGGGGCGGAGAACAACAGCACCUUCCUGGAAUGUGUUCCUCGCUCCCCGCAAGCGUCUGUGGUCUGGUUGGUGCAAGGUGACGAGCGCCAGGAGGAGGUCAAGCUGGACGAUCGGGUCAUCUCCACAGACCAGGGCCUCCUCUUCCGUCGUCUCCUGAACCAGGACGCUGGCGUCUACAUUUGCAGAUCCAGAGAGUUUGGUUUCACCCAGACUCUAAGCCGGAUCACCCUGGAAGUUCUCCAAGGGGACACCCUUGACGAGCUGGUGGGGCAACGAGACAACGCCGGCCUCUCAGACUUCCUCAAGGACAGACCGGGCGCGGGAUACAGGAGCUGGAUGCCUUGCCACUCCUUUGGCAGGCCGGGCCUCGUCGGCCAGUCCCGGUUGUGGUUCAAGGAUGUCAUGCAGAUGAUCGGACCGUCCAACCUGCCCCACGUGGAGGAGUACUGCGAGAGGAUGUGGUGCAACGAAAAGCUGAGGAGGAAGCACAAGGGCAUGGUGGAGAAGUACCGGCAGGCCCAGGAGAGCGCCAGAAAGGCUCGCAGCAAGAGUUCCGGGGAGAGAAACCGGACGCCGAGGGACCUUCGAGCAAGGGAGCAGUGAUGUAGACUACGAAAGUAUGACAACUGAGAUGGAACUGGAUAUUCACAUGAACAGACUCUGGUAAAAUGAGGCGUGGUCUUUACGUAGUCUGGACAAAGACUUCUACUGUCCUGGACAUGAAGAUAAGGAGAGGACACACUUCAAAACCACUUGAAGAAACCUGAAGACUUUAGAAUCCACCACACAUCCAAGAAUCCCUGUUUUCUACCACGGUUGAACUGAUUCGAUUUUUUUGGUUAGGAUUUCAGAAUCCUAACCAAGUCCUAGUUUCACUUUGGAAACAACGAAUCUUGGAACCUGGACUUCACUGAGCUACAAAAUGUCUUAGUCAGUUCGCAAAAACGAGAAACGACGCGUUGACGGUUCAGCGGAUGAAAGACUCGUGCGUUGAUUUCACUGCUGAGGCGGGAUGGGUACCGACUUCGGUACUGUUAUAGACCGCAGUCUCUCGGUACUACCGGGUGUCGAUUCAGGCAAAAUCAAAGGGCGCCAUAUUUCGCUCCCUUUUGUUGCACGUGACGUCACGUCCGGUUGCAGACUAAACACCGGUUCACGUAAACGAUCAGUCAAGUAACGUUGCAUAGCUGGUGUGUAAUAAGCACAAUACUUACAGUACAAACAUGUUGUAUGGCGCAACAUAACAAAUUCAGCUUCAUGGAUAUAGCCUAUACAGUACUAGCGGUGCCUAAACCGGAAGUACGUCAUAAUGAUUUAUGAUCUCUACGUCACAUCCGGGCACCAUUUUAUUUUUUGUUUUUUAAGGGAUUCACCAUUUUAUUUUGCAGUUAUUUUUACCGGAAAUACAUCAUAAUGAUUUAUGAUCUUUACGCCACAUCCGGUCGCCAUUUUGUUUUGCAGUUUUUGAGUAGUACUGAAUAGGCUAUAU